UGGGUGGUCCGCCUUUGCGGGAGCUGUGGGGCUGUAAUAAUGCGCCCCAGAGUCUCCUCCUCCUGGAAGCAAGUGGGGGAUCAGCUUUUGCGGUUACCGCUGCGCUUUUGCACCCCAACUUCCGCCUUUUGUGAGCAAUGGGAGGGGGACCUUUCCAGGCGCUGUUUCUUGUUUGUGCAACCCUAAAUUGUGGGAAAGUUGGAGGGGGCGGGUGCUUUAGAUGUACCCCAGGUUUUUCUGUGCACUGUCAACCUUCUUUAGGCUGGUGUGUUAAUUUCAGGAGUUCAGUAGGUAUGAUUACUUAAAAGUAAACACUCAGUUCUAUAGCUCUUGCUCGUUCAUAUAUUUGUAUACUUUAUAUAGGUAAUAAGGAUUGCCCCAUAGGAUAGCGUACAAGUGGAAACGGGAAGUGCCUUUCGUGGUUUCUGGUUUUCUGCUGUAUCUUUAUGACAUCAGUAAACAAACCAAAAAUAAAAACCAACCCUUUCACCUUCUUUUUAGCUUUAGGAAAUCCCGAUUCCUAAUCCUGAGUGUUUAUAGGGUUGCGGAGCUAAAGCAGUUAGGAAAAAAUGCCUUCCACCAUUACUGAGCUCCGCAUUUGAAUUUUGUAGCCUAAAUGGCAACUCCCCUCCCCCAACUCGGUAGGUAAUAAAUAGGAAAGUUGUUUGCAUAUGGCAGCAACGUUAGCACGGGCUGCCUCUUGGUUGCCAUUAACCCCACAACCCUCUUGUUGGUGGGCUCUUGCAGCAAGUAAUGGUCUAGGGUCCCGGACAAUCUCUAGCAUCUUUGCGCUAUCCCCACAGAGAUCCUCGGGGCUCGAGCAGAAGAAAUCCAAUUUUUUUGGCCCACCCAUCUUUAGGCCUACAACUCCCAUCUGCCUUAGUCAGCAUAGGGAGGAUGGGAGAUGUAAGCCAUCUAGAAGGCUACAGUUUGCUCAUUCCUGGUAUAGAGCGAAGUGUCUGUCGAAAUCAUUCUCAACGGAGAGAGUUCCUUUAUCUAUAGUACGAAAUCCUAAAUCCAAACGAGCCUUCAGAGUUUACCGUAUUUUCAUGUAUCACUCUACACUUUUAUCUCUAGGGUUUCCCUCCCGCGCAUCGUUCGAUUGAGUCUGCGGCUCAGGAAUGGACUGUGGAAAGACGGGAGGGGCGGGUGGGCCAAAAUCCCUUCUAUUGGGUCGGCCCUUGAACGACUUUCGGAGGCAUUAAGGAGAUGUUCGUUAGAUUUCUGCACCCACGGCUUGUUCUGGCUGCUGCCAGAGCAAGGUCCUUAGGUGAUUUGGGGCUGGUCGCGAAAUCUCUCUCUCUCCACCAUACUGAGCCCACUGGGGGCAUCUCAUGAAGAAGGUUCGAGGAUUCAAAAGAGGAAGUGUCAGCUGAUUUACUCAAAGAGACUGACACAGUGGAAGCGUUAAAAGUAUCUGGACACCUGGUGCAGAAGACCGAGACUUUGUGGCCUAGAAAAGUUACAUGGUGAGUGUACCUAGGUGACAACAAUGGCCACUGAAGUAGUCUCUCCGUCCAGUGAGCACAUUGACCCAAGCCGGUCCAGAAGGCAAACACUCCGAAUACCCUUGAAGAUUCAGGAUCCUGGUCGGUCGAAACUGACUACCAUUGAGACGAAGAGAAUUAUAUCUGUCCUGGAUGAGACCAUCCUUAAAGUGGAGCUGGUCACUACCUUCUCUUACAUCACUGAGAAUCUGGAAGAGUUCAGUGCACUGUUGGGACCUGAACUUACUGGAGCGCUUAAGGAACACCUGCGUCUUUCAAACACCAUGGAAGCCACGCUGAGCCGCCUUGACAAAGAAGGAGUACUGCAUAAGGGCACAGCCAAGGGAGAGCUUUAUGGGGCUGAGGACCCAACAGGUUACCUCUCCUUGCACAUAGAGGGCCUAAGAAGCUCCGUCAGAAAUAUUGUGCGCCUCUUUUAUGCCAACCCCACUGUGUGCCAGGUUGUGAGAGGCACUGCCUAUGCCAGACAUCCAAAUGCCAGUAUGUUUAUUCAAAAACUUUCAGAGUUCCGGGGGUUCUUGUUUGAGAAGCUUCUGACUACUCCUUUAGAAGAAAAAGAAAAAAGACGGUUCAUGAAGGAAAUCACCCAGCGAGACCAGAAGAACACGGAGAUGAUUGCCGCUCUGGAGGAUGAGCUGGCUGCAGCUAUCCAAAAUCGAGAUAAUGAGAUCUCUAGGAUGAACGCUGCAAUCAAGGAGCUCAAAACCCACUUACACAAUCUAGCAAAGUUCUCUGAAAGCCAAAUCCAGCGCAACCGGGCAGACACGGAGAAGCAGCAGAAGGGGGAGACGCGCGCCUCUCAGGCAAAAUGUGCCAAGCUGCAGCAGGAGCUCCAGCAGCUGAGGGCUCAGCUCAACGCCCUCAUUGCUGAGAACCGCGAGUCUGAGCUCAAUCUCCGGAAGAAGAAGUACAAAGUGGAGAUGGAAAUAGAAAAUUGGAUCCAGAAGUACGAUACCGAGAUGAUAGAAAAGCAGGAGGAGAUCGAGGAGAUCGAGGUGGUCUACACGGUGGAGAAGGAGCAGCUGGCUGAGCUGCGGGAGAAGUAUGCACUGCUGGAGAAAGAGUACAGCCAGAUCGAGGAGGAGAGGAGGGUGAAGCGGGAGCAGUGGGAGAAGGCCGAGAAGGAGCUGGCCAUCCUGGUCCGAGCUGCCACGCUCAUCCAGGCCUUGUGGAAGGGCUACCUGGUGCGGUCGCUGCUGCGCUCCAAGAGGAAGAAGAAGGGCAAAGGCAAGAAGGGCGGCCGGAAGUGAGUCGCUGGUUCCCAGGCUGCAGGGGUGGCCUGAAGCGCUCCACAAAACGUGAACGCUCCCGAGGGAGGGUUGUCGCUUAAUAAAGGUGAUUUGCCAAGGAGGCGAGAGCUGUGCAAAAGCUGCUUCUCCGCCUCGUUCUGUCUGCA